GUGCCAUGCGGUGCCGUGCGUGCCCACCCCGCUGUGCCGUGCCGUGCCGUGCCCACCCUGCUGUCCCACACCGUGCCCACCCUGCCACCCAGGUUUCUGUUCCCCAUCCAGCACCGGGGUGCUGUGUCGGGGCAGGAAGGGGAAGCUUUGCACAACACCCGGGGUUGCAGACGCACCCAGGACCUGAACCGGGCGGCGGGUCCCAGAGGGGCCACGCCGGUGAAGAGGGGACCAUGACCAUGGCCAACGUCACAGUGGGGAGGAACUCGUGCACCUUCCACGAGGAGUUCAAGCAGGUGCUGCUGCCCCUGGUCUACUCGGUGGUCUUCCUGCUGGGGCUGCCGCUCAACGCUGUGGUAAUCGGGCAGAUCUGGCUGGCCCGCAAGGCGCUGACCCGCACCAUGAUCUACAUGCUCAACCUGGCCACGGCCGACCUGCUCUACGUCUGCUCCCUCCCUCUCCUCAUCUACAACUACACCCAGAAGGACUACUGGCCCUUCGGGGACUUCACCUGCAAAUUCGUCCGCUUCCAGUUCUACACCAACCUGCACGGCAGCAUCCUCUUCCUCACCUGCAUCAGCGUCCAGCGCUACCUGGGCAUCUGCCACCCCUUGGCCUCGUGGCACAAGAAGAAGGGCAAGAAGCUGACGUGGCUGGUGUGCGCCGCCGUGUGGUCCGUCGUGGUCGCCCAGUGCCUGCCCACCUUCUUCUUCGCCUCCACCGGCACGCAGAGGAACCGCACCGUCUGCUACGACCUGAGCCCCCCGGACCUCUCCGCCGCCUACUUCCCCUACGGCAUCACGCUCACCGUCACCGGCUUCCUGCUGCCCUUCGUGGCCAUCCUGGCGUGCUACUGCAGCAUGGCCCGCAUCCUGUGCCAGAGGGACGAGCUGAUCGGCCUGGCGGUGCACAAGAAGAAGGACAAGGCCGUGCGCAUGAUCGUCAUCGUGGUCAUCGUCUUCUCCAUCAGCUUCUUCCCCUUCCACCUCACCAAGACCAUCUACCUGAUCGUCCGCUCCUCGCCCAGCCUGCCCUGCCCGGCCCUGGAGGCGUUCGCCAUCGCCUACAAGUGCACGCGCCCCUUCGCCAGCAUGAACAGCGUCCUCGACCCCAUCCUCUUCUACUUCACCCAGCGCAAGUUCCGCGAGAGCACCCGCUACCUCCUCGACAAGAUGAGCUCCAAGUGGCGGCACGACCACUGCGUCACCUACGGCUCCUAGGUAGACGAGGCCACCUCAGUGUCACCGGGGACGGGCACGGAGCGCUUUUGGCUCAAAGUUGCGUGGCGCGGAGAUGGGGACGUGCCUGGGGACAUCUCCUGAGCUUCCAGCGCUUGCUUCCAGCCCAUCUCCAGCCCACGGCGGUUGCAACGCGGUGUCCCCGCUCUCCGAGGGCUGCCCUCCACCGGUUGCUCGACGCCGUCCUGUUUUUUAGCUGCUUUGUGCCACCUCUUGGUGGAGGCUGAAGCACCGAAGCAAUAAAAACCACUGGGGGGACCACGGAGGAGGCGGUGGGAGAGUGGGGAGAAGGGAUGGGGCUGCCCGGGUGGGCUGCUCAGGGGGGGGAUUUCUGCCCCCAAAAGAUGUUUUGAGCUUCCCCUCAUCUGGGGAGGAUUUUUUUGGCUUGUACUCACCUGGGGAACGUGGCUCUGUGCCCUCUCCUUGGGGUAGCUUUCGGGUCCUGAACACCAGUAGCCCCCACAAAACAUCCCCGGCACCUCCGUGGACCCAGGAGAGGAAGAGAUGGGUGUCACGGACAUUUUGGGGUAAUGCUGGCCUAUCCCACAAUGGGGCCAGACCAGUAAAAGACAUGGGUCCACUGGUGCCACUUCGAAAGGGUGAGAGGACCAUCCGUGGCCAGACGGGAAGCUGGUGAGGGACGGUGAGGGGGACGAGGACACCGAUGCCGUAUUUCCCACCCGGACACGAUGCCAGGAACUGGGAGACCCCCGCCACUGCCACCGAGCACCCGGGUGACACCAGACUUGAAAGCUGAGCCUGCUGAAUGAACCAAAGCAUCACGUUUUAUAGGGUUGCACCUUACCCACACGAGGAGCCCAGCCGACCCAGGGCCACCGGAGAGGCUGGGCACCGUGGCUGUACCUCUAACUGCUUUGCCAGUCCUCUAUAACAUAGGACGUAUAGACUGAACCUGCCCCAUGCAUAUGUCCACAAGGAUCUGCACAUGCUAUGCACCGUAUAUACGCACGCAUCCGAGCGGGGGAACGUUGUGCACGGAGCCACCCCACCCCAAAUACACUUUGCAAACCCGUACUCGCAGGUGUCUCGGUGCGAUAAUCGCGUCUAAGUCGAUUUAAGCAAUUUGCUUCAAAUCUC